GGCAUUUUUCCCUCCCCGGACGUCGACUUUCAGCACAACUCUGACGACGAGGCCUGGCUGGCGCCGACACCGGACCAGGAUGAGGACAAGGCGCAGGAGGCACCGCAAGAUCCAUGCAACGAUGAAGCCAGUGAGCUGGGAAGUGACAUCAUGUGCAGUCCCGCCGCGACCCCCCCGCCGGAUGUCACCGACGACGAACGGCUAUGGUCACCUUCACCAGCUGCUCCUCCGAGACAGGCUAUACCGGGCACGCCGGUAGGCCAACUACUUGGAAGAGUGCCGAACAGCUACCCGGAGGUGGUCCUCCAGGCGCUUCGCAACGCCCCCAACCCGGCGACGGCCCACAUGCCGCAGCUGAAG